AUGUGGGAUAAAGUCUCUCUAGAGGAAGUUGGGAUCCUCAAGCCAAGUGGCGGCAAUGGCUGCAAGUUGGUGUUGACAACUGUUGAAGCAUGUCGUAAGUAUAUGGGUUGUAAGGUGAUAAAAGUGAAGCCCUUCGAAGAAGAGGCAUUGAUACUUUUUUUGAAUAAAGUUGGACCUAACAUAGUUCAAAGUCCAACUAUAAUGCCAACUCUGAAGCUUGUUGUCAAGGAAUGUGCGGGUCUACCUCUUACAAUUGUUGUGGUAGCUGGUACCAUGAAAGGAGAAUAUAACCCUCGUAUUUGGAAAAAUGCACUCAAAGAUUUGAAAGAGAGAAUAGGGAAAGUGGAAGGAGUGGAAGCUGAGGUAAUCGAGCGCUUGAAAUUUAGUUUCGAUCACUUGAAAGAUGAGAAAGUAAAAGAUUGCUUCUUGUAUUGUGCAUUAUACCCUGAAGAUUUUGAAAUUCGUAAGGUUGAACUAAUCGAGUGUUGGAUUGAUGAGAUAUUCAUAGACGAGAUGGAUACAAGACAACAAAUGGAAGAUAAAGGCCUUACUAUUUUGAAAAGGUUGGAAGAUAACUGCUUGUUGGAAAAUAUUACCACUAAAUUUGGUUUACCUGGUAUAAAGAUGCAUGAUGCAGUGAGAGACAUGGCAUUGUCGAUCACAAGAAUGUAUCCACAAUAUAUGAUACAAGCAGGAGAUGGAACCAUUGAAGAAGUUGGAGGCUGGACCGGACGUUUCGAAGACAUCAAUGAAUUCAAUAAGUUCACCUCCUCAAUGCAACAAAGUAAGAAAAAUCUCAUCAAGUACUAUUUACAGGUGGGCUCAUAUAAUGUGGGUUGUGGAAGGGAUAAAGCAGUAACAAUUGGAGGAGUCCAGAAUUGGGAAGGGAUAGAGUGUGUUGUUUCCUUGUCCUCUUUUGCCCCUUCUUCCGCUCAUCCAUUUCAGAGCCUCGAGGUGUUGUAUCUUCGUGAUCUGCCAAAGUUGAGUGCCCUUAUUAUCAAAGAUGAAGUAAUUGGUUCAGCAACAACAUCAACAUCGGCUCCGUCUGCCACCUUUUCCCAUCUUAAUCAAAUUUAUGUAUACAGAUGCUCAACUAUGAAGACGUUGCUUCCACAUUGGUUGCUUCCAAACCUCCAACACCUGGAAGAAAUUUGGGUGCAAGAAUGUGAUGAGUUAGUAGAAAUAUUGGGAGCAGCAAUAUCAGAAGUUGAAGAAAAAGGGGGUGAUGCAUUAAUCAAAUUCCAUCUUCCCAAAUUGAGAGUUUUGAAAUUGUUUGGAUUACCAAAUUUGAAGAGCAUUUGCAGCAAAAGUGGAGUGAUGAGAAUUCCUCCAUUUGUUCCCCUUGUUGGCAAUGGGCAGCCAUUUGCAUAUGCUCCACCUUCUCUUACCAUCUUCUCAAGCAUAGAAUGGUGGGAAUUGUUGGAGUGGGAUGACCAUCCAAACUUUAACAAAUGCUCUUCGCUUCAACCCUUUGGAGGAUAA